CACUCAAUCAAUCAUUUAUCUAUGUGAAAGCAUAGCUGACUUUUUCUGGUGGUGUUCUAUUGUCGGCUAGAUAAACAAAAAUGUUUUUAAAAAUUUUAGAAAAGUUUACAAAAUGUCAAAUUGUAGCUUACAGUUUAACGGUACUGCUAGGACUUGUACUUCUUAACCUUUGGCAGGCCCAGAAUUUAAGAUCAAGAGUAUCCUUUUCUCCAGUAGUCGAUCUUGAGAUCUCAACAGCUGAUGAAGUAAGGAGAAAGAAGAGUAAAGAUGAUGCCAUAGCUUUAAAGACUCUAGAUGUAAGAAAGGAGAACUUUGAUCUGGUUCAUAAAGUGAAAUAUCUAGAACGGAAAAUCAACUCCCUCAAGAUAGAACUAGAGGCAAGGGAUGAAAGAUUAAAAACUUUACAUGCUGAAGUUGAAAAACUACGUGAACAGUGUACUGCAAUUCUUUACAAUAACACAGGGGUUGAUGGUUCUAAUGCAACUUCAACUACUAAUAUAACUGCUGCUUCUACUACUACAACUUCUACUAUUGCAUCUAUAACAACUGUAGAAUCUGUAAACAUAACGCAAGAGGAAUCUAGACAGGCCAGAAAAAUUGAAGAAAAUUUAAACGAAGAAAACAUUAAUAAUGAUGAAGAUCUAAAUCCAAACAUUGUUAAAGAUCAAGAGGACAUGAUUUAUGACAAGAAAGAGAAGAAAGAUGAAAAUAACGAUAAUUUAGAAUUAGAGUAUUUAAAAUCUGUAGAAGCUGAUACAAAAAUCUAUCCAAACCAAACCGAUUCUAGAAUCAAACCAACCCAAAUCAAAGAUGAACAACCAGCUGAGAUUGAUAACGCUGAACUCUCAAUUGAAGAUCAAAUGAAAAACAUUACUGUACACCUGGUCAAAGGAGCAGACGCUAAGGGUAUCCUUAACAUUUUUAACGCCGACAUAAACAAUAUCAAAGGGAAUUCUAUACUGGAACAGAAAGAAAGUUAUAUGAAAAGUCUGGAGACAAAACUUCUAAACAAAACAGGUAGACUAAAGAAGCCAGUGACGAAAUUUCGAAGAAGCUUUCAACAUUUUCGGCUUUACGAGAACAGGAUCUGAAAUAUUUUUAUUAACUAAAGCAUGAGAACAUUGCUUGAUUAACGUUAAACCAUUCAGAUUAGACUUUUAAACUAGACGUAAAAACAUUCCCGUGGUUAUAUUGAGUUCCUUAAUCAAAAUUUGAGGAAAAUUCGCUCAUGAGUUAUGAUCGGACAACAAACCAGAGAUUGGUACUUUAUUCAGAACUAGGUGAGAACCCAGCAUUUACUCCCACCGUUUACCCGUGCUUAGUCGUAAACAAAAAUAGACCCACUCAUCUUAAAAUCUCAAAACCAAGCUAAGAACACUCCUGUAGUUCUCCUGAAUUCCCCAAUCAAAAUUUGAGGCAAAUCGGUCAAGGGAUUUGUGAGUUAGGACAUAUAAACGCACAAAGAGAAUUUACUACUUUAUAUAUAUACACUAGGCUUUUAGUUGUGGCUUUAGCUAUGAGCAUCUUCUCUUUGUAUAGUAUAAAACAAAAACUAAAAAAGUUUGCGGAUUUCAUAACAUUUUUUCG